AUGGCGCCAUUUAUAGGCGAUGAUGAGAGGGCGUCGGGUUCCGGACAGCCGUCCGACUCGAGUGUCGAUGCUCCUGCUCGAAGGAAUGUCCUGUACAUUGAUGCAUACGAUUCCUUCUCCUACAAUGUUGUGGCGAUGCUCGAAGAGGUUCUGGAUGUUAGAGUCUCGGUGAUGACCAUCGAUUCCGAUUGGCCAGACGGCAACAUGGUCGAGUAUCUACAGCAUUUCGAAGCUGUCGUGCUUGGCCCUGGUCCUGGAGAUCCGAAUGUUGCUAAGGAUGUCGGCAUCAUGCGGGAUGUUUGGACCCUGAGCGGCGCAGAUAUGUUACCUGUCUUUGGAAUCUGUCUUGGUUUUCAGAGCCUCUGUCUCCAUCAGGGCAUUCCGAUAGGACGAUUGCCGUAUCCACUACAUGGCCAGGUUCAUCGAAUCAAGACUGUCAACAGGGACAUUUUCGAAAACGUGCAAGAUGUCGAAGUCACACUUUAUCACUCGCUUUAUGCCAGACUAGAUUCUCCGGAACAGUCGACUCGGGGGGUUGACAGUGGAAACCCUCAAGCCGAUCGAUUCGCUUCCAAGGACCUUGAUCUUCUAGCUUGGUUUCUCCUAGAAGACGGAGAGACGCAGAUUCCCAUGGCUGUGCGUCACCAGAAGAGACCAAUCUGGGGGGUGCAGUUUCACCCUGAGUCUUGCAAAUCUGACAGGGAAGCUUGCGUCAAGUUGCUCAGAAGAUGGUGGGAUAUGGCCCUGAAUUACAACAAAAAGACGGGGCGCGGAGGAUAUGGCAUUCUGCUCAAUUCUAACCACUGCGCCAGUGGUAGUAUUACUCUUCCUGAUGCUGCGUCCACAAUGUUGGAUUGGAGCACCAGCACUUCUUCUUGUUCUUCAUAUCGUACCUUUACAGCGAGAAACUUGGAUGCCGAAGUCGUCUGCGAGAACUUGAAUGCCCCCAACUCGCCAACCGUGCUAUUCCAAUCUAAUGGGAGGUAUAGUAUUAUCUCGGUGCCUAGCCCCAACAGCUGGAGGCUCGAGUACUAUUGUGAGACUCAAAGCCUGCUGUUAGAGAAGCUGCAGGAUCGCCGAGGGACGGAAAUUGGUCCGACUAGGCAGUCAGUGGCAGAGAGCAUUGUUGAGAGAUCCUUGACAGUCUCUCAAUUCUGGGAUGUGCUGAGGUUUGUGACGGACACGAAGAAGGUUGACUCAGGAAGUCUCACUGUGCCGUUCUGGGGCGGUUUCCUGGGUUACUUUUCCUAUGAAAUGGGACUGGCCUGUCUUGCACGUCCCAAAACAGCUGCAGGAAUCCAUACAACCUGCGAAAAUGAAAAUGCCGGAGAAGAUCCUGCCGACGCCAGCUUGCUGUGGACUGAAAGGAGUAUCGUUGUCGAUCACAAGACGGGCCAAAUCACAGUCCAGUCAACGCGGGUUGACGAUGAUCUACCGAGGGGAUGGCUUCAUCAGGCCGUACAGUUUUUGCAAGACCUCGCCAUUACCAGGAGUCAGUGCAAGGUCUACACUAGCGACACCACGGCAGAGUUCUUGGAUUCCAUCCUCAAGCGGAGCGUUAUCAAAUUCCCAACCCAGGAAAAUUAUCAGAGGCAGAUCAGGGCUUGUCAGGCUGAGUUGGAGGCUGGUGAAUCGUACGAACUGUGUCUCACUGGCGAAACGUUGAUCACGUUACCCUCUCCAGUUAGUCAAAGUGGCCGUGCCAGUUUUCCCUGGGAGCUGUACAAACGUCUGAGAAAGUACAACCCCGCCGCCUUUAGUGGUUUUGCGCGACUAGGUCACGUCAAGAUUGCCAGCAGCAGUCCGGAAUGCUUCCUCAAUUGGGAUCGGGACUCUACGCUGGAAAUGAAGCCAAUGAAGGGCACUGUGAGGAAAACCGAAGAUAUGACCAUGGAGAAGGCCCGCGAAAUCCUUGGAUCGACGAAGGAGAUGGCGGAGAAUCUCAUGAUUGCGGAUUUGAUUCGCCACGACCUCUACGGCAUCUGCGGCUCGGGCGGCGUCCACGUAGAAAAACUCCUGGAAGUGGAGGAUCACGGACGUGUUUACCAGAUGAUCACUCAUGUCAAAGCCAAGGUUGAUCGAAGUCGGCCGGGAUUUGCCGCACGGGAUAUGCCGCAGUUACCCUCUUCGAACAUGUCUGGAUACGGGCUAACUGCGUUGCAAAGAUGUCUGCCACCCGGCUCGAUGACUGGUGCCCCGAAGGAACGCUCAUGCAUGCACCUCAGCUCAAUCGAGGACCGAAAACGUGGGAUCUAUUCGGGCGUGAUGGGCUUCCUGGACCUCGGUGGCGGGGGCAGUUUCUCAGUGCUCAUCCGCACAGCUUUUACCUGCUCAAAUGAGCAAGAUGACGAGCAACUCUGGCGAAUUGGCGCGGGGGGGGCCGUGACCACUCUGAGUACUCCCGAGGGGGAAUGGGAUGAGAUGUUGACUAAGUUGCGUACGGUCUGUGGAAUCUUCGCUCCGCUGAACCCAUAG